CCACGGUAUAUGCGCACAAGACCCUCGAGGCGCGUAUACCGGCAUCAUGCUUUCAGGCGCUCAGGAAGUCUCAGGGCCGCUAUCGCAAUUCCGCGCACCUCCAUCCGGCUUGGAGCGUGACUUUGAGGGGUAUGCAUCGAGAGACUUUGCCCAGGACUUGAACUCGUCGAUCUACCCUCGUGUGGGCGACAUCUCCGCGCUCCGUGAUCCAUACUCUGCCAAUGUCGACCGGUGCUUCUUCAAGUUUCCGCUGUGGACUAUCCACAAGACGCUCUACGUGUUUGACAUGCAUCAAAGGGCUGUCCCUAUUUCCGAACAUAUGCAAGGUUCUGCAUCUUCAGAGAGCCUGCAGUCUUCGACUGGUUCAACGACAUGCGGUGAUGAGGAUAUGACCCUUGUUGCUGAUGACGAAACACUUUUCGAGAAGAAAACGCUGGAAACUGGGGCUCAUCAUGGAUCUCCACUACCUGGAACUCCAAAAGGUUCCCCGCCUUGUGCAUGGGAGACUAACCGCGCUUGGGAGAUGAGCUGGUAUGCUCGCUGGGAGCUACUCAUUGGUCUUGUACAGCGUGACCAAGCCCUCCGCCAGGCUGCACCGCUUUCACCGUUGAUAACUCCCUCCGGAUCCGUAGAUGAUGAGGUUCCACCGCCAGAAGAACUCCUGAAACCACUCACCCCAGAAGCUCCCACACCAAUUUUCCACUUCGCUGGCGAAGACGGAGAGGGGGACAGCGGAGACGAAGAAGACGACUAUGGCACCCUGGUCACAAACCCGAUCUACAACAAAUCGUUCGAGGAAGGAUAUCAUCGUGCGGUACACUUUUUCACCAAAGAUCGGGAGUUGAAGAGAGAGCGUCGGUUGCGAACAGUGUCUGGGUAGAAAGGAGGAUUAGUCGUCAGCGUCGAAGUCCACGCGUAUGUAAAUAUUUCACUUAUAUACAGCUCCC